GCCACAGUUUAUCUGUUCACUUAUUUGAAGGACAUCUUGGUUGCUUCCAAGUUUUGGUAAUUCUGAAUAAAGCUGCCAUUGACAUCUACAAACAGGUUUUUCUGUGGCGUAAGUUUUCAACUUUUUUGGGUAAAUACUAAAGAGCAGUAUUGCCGGAUCAUAUGGUAAGAGUAUGUUUAGUUUUGUAAGACAUCACCAAACCAAUUGUCAAAGUUUCUGUACCAUUUUGCAUUCUCUUUGGUGAUGAGUAAGAGUUCCUGUUGCUCCACGUCCUUGCUAGUAUUUGACGUUGUCAGCGUUUUUUAUUUCAGACAGCCUAACAGGUGUGUAGGGGCAACUUUAAAAAAAAAAAAAAAGAUAAAAAGGCUUUCCUAGUUGGAAUUGCCUAGCAUGAGUCUGUGAAUGUGGAUCUAAUAUAUUAUCCACUUUCUGUUCUUAAGCAAAAGUAUGCUAACUUCUGAGAGCCACACAGUUUGUCCCUUAGCCCCUCCAUUUUAGCACCAUACCUGGUACCUUGUAGGUGGUUAGUAAAUAUCUGCUAAUUGCAUUGUUUCUAAUAACCCAGCUGCCUCUGCUUUUGAGAACCAUAAAGAAUUCAUUUAGAGAGUUUCAGACCAGCACUUAGGCAUAUGCAUGCACAUAUACAGUGCACACGCAUGCACACACACACACACACACACACACACACACACACAUGCACUCUUCUGCUGUAGCUUGGGACUGUAUUAUUCAGACCCUUGAGCUCCAGAUUCUGAGUACAUCCAAAUGUUGGCCUUGUAAGUGAUAACAAAUGAAGCAUGUUUUGGUGAUGUUUUAUUUUGGUCAAUAAUCAAGUCUAGUAUCACAUCUGUGUCUUAGACCAUGAAAAAGUCACUCCCUCUAUUGCUGACAAUAUGAACAAGUCUCACACACCUGCAUCUAAGGACACUCACAUCUUGUCAGGAUAGAAGCAAAGGCUGAUGACAGCUGUGGUCACCACCCCUCUCCUUUUUUCCUUCCAUCAUGGUUCUUCUUAGGAGGGUUCUUGAAGUAAGGAGACCUGACAUCUUCUGAAUCCUUUGGAGCUAAACCUACCAUCCAUUUCUUGUGCUCCCACUGUACUCUGUACUUAUUCUGCAUUAUGUGCUUUACAUAGGGUAGGUGGUAUUGAAUGUGUGUUGAAUGACUAAUGUACCUUUGAGCUGAUGUAGAAGUCCAGAGUUUCCUAGUAAAGAACCACAUAACAUUCCUAGGUUCAUUGUUUAGAGCCAUUAUUGUAGCUGCUUUGCAAUAGCAGAAAUGACUACAGGUUUUUCCCUUAUGAGCCUACAUCCAUAGCCAAAUGUGGAACCAAUACUCCCCAACCCCCUACCUCCUGCUUAUUGUCAAAAACACAUCACACAUUGUAGCAAUCAUAUUGCCAAAGCUUUAUGGCAUCCAUAAAUUGAAAACUACUGCCUCUGACAGUUAUGGGCUUAUGUCAACACCAGAUCACGUUGACUCUUCUGGAAUGUGUUUGCAAAUCCACUACACCAGCCUUGGAAGCUGUUGACAUCAGAGGCUGUAAGUUAAUUAGAUGUGCCCCAGAGCAUUGUGGGUCUUGCCAUCUAGGAGAAUUAUUUUUUCUUAAAUUCUUCUCUUUAAUUCAGUCCAAGGGUAGGUGCUGUCUUGGCUGCCUUAUUUGGUGGGAGUCUGAGUUGCUGGGCAAGUGAUGAUGUCUGUGAAUAAUUUCUCUUUCUUCCCUUUUGGCAGAUGGCAGUAGGAAUGGCUGGGACAGUGAGAAAUGGUCGUGGCCAUGAACUCUGCUCUGAAGGAGAGACUCCUCACCACCUGCAUAUUUUAAGCAGUCUCUGUCCAACUAUGCCAUUGCAGCCCUCUGGGCAGGAUAUUGCUGAGAACUGUGCUGUGGCUCCAUUUUAGUGGCCAUGCAAGCUGUGGGCUCCCUGGCCCUUAUGUGUGCAUGUAACGGAGUGCCUGAGAGGACAUCCUGGCUCUUUGGAGGUCCUUUCUCUGCCUAUUUUUCCUCUCUACUGUAACAUCCUUGUUGUUCAGAAAGAAAAUGAGAACCUCCCACUAGUUAGAAUAUGUUCCUGAGUAUAUACAGUUUCUAUUCUGGAGGAGCCAAGAAAGGAAGAGGAUUCUGACUGGUUCUAUCAGGCUUCAAGGAAAAUGGCUGUCCUGUGAAAUCGUCAAGACUUGGGUUCCUUCUUCCACUGCUGUGCCCUGGUGCAGGGCAUUACCCCCAGCCUGACAGGUUGUCAUGAGUGCUUCAGCUGACAGGAGCAAACGUUGUGACAGAAGUGGACACCUGGAGCAGUGGGAAAUGAAGCCAAGGAGGCUUUGCCAAAUGGACAAAAGGGAGUCGGGGGAGAAUUUUUCAGCAAAGAGUAGAGUAUCCAAAAGGCUCUACAUGGGAAUGACUGAGGAGGACUCUGAAAUUGGAUUCUAAAUUCCCUAAGGUACCAAUUCCAAGAUCUGCUGCCAGUAGUUUCUGAAAUGCCAGGUCUGAGUGCCAGAGCAAGCUGGAAAGCCAGCCAGCCAGGACUGCACGUGCCAGAAGAUGACAAACACAGCCACUCAGUGCGGCUUGCUGGAGAGCUCAGUGCCUUCUCAUUUCUGCCAAAUGAAUGUGGCCAUCAAGGUUUUCAUUGCUCAGUCCCGAUCAUCUGGAAGUCACCGAGAUGUUGAAGAUGAAGAACUUACAAGAAUCUUUGUUAUGAUACCAAAGUCCUACACAGAAGAAGAUCUGCGGGAAAAAUUUAAGGUGUAUGGAGAUAUCGAGUAUUGCAGCAUUAUUAAGAAUAAAGUCACUGGAGAAAGUAAAGGUUUGGGCUACGUACGAUACUUAAAACCAUCACAAGCUGCCCAAGCAAUAGAAAACUGUGAUCGAAGUUUUAGAGCAAUCUUGGCUGAGCCUAAAAAUAAAGCAUCUGAAUCCUCUGAACAAGAUUAUUAUAGUAAUAUGAGGCAAGAGGCUUUGGGACAUGAACCUAGAGUAAAUAUGUUUCCAUUUGUUGGAGAACAACAAUCUGAAUUUUCAAGUUUUGACAAGAAUGACAGCCGAGGCCAGGAAGCAAUCUCCAAACGCUUGUCAGUUGUAUCAAGAGUUCCUUUCACUGAAGAACAGCUUUUCAGCAUUUUUGAUAUAGUACCAGGAUUGGAAUAUUGUGAAGUUCAACGAGAUCCUUAUUCAAAUUAUGGUCAUGGAGUGGUUCAGUAUUUUAAUGUAGCAUCAGCUAUUUAUGCAAAAUACAAAUUACAUGGAUUUCAGUACCCUCCUGGGAAUCGAAUAGGUGUUUCCUUCAUUGAUGAUGGAAGUAAUGCAACAGAUCUCCUUAGAAAAAUGGCAACACAGAUGGUAGCUGCACAGCUUGCAUCAGUGGUGUGGAAUAACCCAAGUCAGCAACAAUUUAUGCAAUUUGGAGGAAGCUCUGGAUCACAGUUGCCUCAAAUCCAGACAGAUGUUGUACUUCCAUCAUGCAAAAAAAAGGCCCCUCCUGAAACUCCUGUGAAAGAAAGACUUUUUAUUGUGUUUAAUCCUCAUCCUUUACCUUUAGACGUAUUAGAAGAUAUAUUCUGCCGCUUUGGUAACCUGAUCGAAGUUUACCUUGUGUCAGGAAAAAAUGUGGGCUACGCCAAGUAUGCUGAUAGAAUAAGCGCAAAUGAUGCCAUUGCCACUCUACAUGGAAAGAUUCUGAACGGGGUGAGACUUAAAGUUAUGCUGGCAGAUUCACCAAGAGAAGAAUCUAACAAACGGCAAAGAACUUACUGAUUCUUGAGGUUCGAUAAAAUACUGUGGAAGACUUUCCCAAAUUUUAUAUGGUUGUGACAAGUUUUUUUGGGUAGGUGCACUUUUUUAUUUGUUUCAUUAAUUUUUAAGAGGCUACAAACACAACUCAUGAAGGCUAGUUUAUUUUGUCUCUGAGGUAUGGGCCUGGUAUUAAGUGAGUCAUGACUAGGAAAUAGAAGCAACUGAUCUAAGGAUAUAACUUUGAAAGUAGUUGAGUUCUGUUUCGAGAUGGGUCUGAUAACCACAAUGUAAUUGUCUAUUUGAGGAAAACAGAAAUUUUAGUAUUUCAGAGCAUCAGAUUUUUUAUUAAUUCACAACAUUUUCCCUCUAGAAAUUCAGUACCUGCAUCACCCUUCUGAGUAAGUUUGGUUUUAUUUGGGGGUGGCUCUGAUUAAGCAGAUGACAUUGGAUAUAUUGAAAUAAAGGAACAAUUCCUAAAAUUUUAGGAAUGCUACAACAGCUGUUUCCUUUCAGGUGAUGAUUUUCAUACUUGUGUUGUGUUCUUUCUACAGAACAAAGACUAAAUAAUGACAUAAUCCUCAGCUGACUGACUGAAAAUGUGACUGGACGCAUUCCCUGUGGACAGUUGACAGCUUUUUUUUUCAUAUACCUGAUAGUCUGUGUACAGCAUUGUUUUGUCUGGGAAGCAGGGAUUGCUGACAUGUAUUUUUGAAUCCAUACAUUAAUGCUAAAAUGAAUAUAGUAGUUGUUCCUUAGAGCAAUAUGUUGUUACGUGUAGCAGAAAUAAAGUUUUCUUUGCUUAACUAAA